GCACCCCGGAGGAGAGUGAGUCCGCCCGGCCGCCUCUCCGUGACACUGCCCGAGGGACCGUCCAGCACCGGCCCGGCCCUCCUCACCGCCACACUCACCGAGGGACGCUCCGACGCCGGCCCGGGAUCCGCACCUCCAGCCCGGCAGCAUGCUGCUCUCACACCUCCCGGUCCUGGUUCUGCUCGGAGCUGUGGCUGCAGAGUUGAACACCACCGAUGGGACGGGCUUGCUCCCUACGGCUCUGAUGAACAGUUCGUCUCCAGACGACGGUUGGACAAACACAUCAGACGCUCCGACAUCCACACCGAGUGCCACAGCUGUGCCGCCGGCCACCAGCUCAGUGACGAUUGGGUCCACUCACAGCGCUGAGCCUGGCACCACAGCAGAGCCUGUUAGCCCCGGGAGCCAGACUGAGAAUUCAACCGCCGGCGCAGCCACGUCCGCCGGGACGAGCCAUCCGGCCACCGCUAGUCAGAGCACAGAGGCCACUGCUGCACCGACCGCAGGUCACACACCGGCCACAAGUGCACCCAUCACACACUCCAGCAGUGCAAACACACCCAUGACACACACAUCAAGUGAACCCAUGACACACACAUCAAAUGAAUCAAUGACACACACAUCAAGUGAACCCAUGACACACAAAUCAAAUGAAUCAAUGACACACACAUCUAGUGAACCCAUGACGCACACAUCAAAUGAAUCAGUGACACACACAUCAAGUGAACCCAUGACACACACAACAAAUGAAUCAGUGACACACACAUCAAGUGGACCCAUGACAUCACUGGCAUACACAUCAAGUGGACCCGUGACACACACAUCAAAUGAAUCAGUGACACACACAUCAAAUGGACCCAUGACAUCACUGGCAUACACAUCAAGUGGACCCGUGACACACACAUCAAAUGAAUCAGUGACACACACAUCAGAUGGACCCAUGACAUCACUGGCAUACACAUCAAGUGGACCCGUGACACACACAUCAAAUGAAUCAGUGACACACACAUCUAGUGAACCCAUGACACACACAUCAAAUGAAUCAGUGACACACACAUCAAGUGGACCCGUGACACACACAUCAAAUGAAUCAGUGACACACACAUCUAGUGAACCCAUGACACACACAUCAAAUGAAUCAGUGACACACACAUCAAGUGAACCCAUGACAUCACUGGCAUACACAUCAAGUGGACCCGUGACACACACAUCAAAUGAAUCAGUGACACACACAUCUAGUGAACCCAUGACACACACAUCAAAUGAAUCAGUGACACACACAUCUAGUGAACCCAUGACAUCACUGGCAUACACAUCAAGUGAACCCAUGACACACACAUCAAAUGAAUCAAUGACACACACAUCAAAUGAAUCAGUGACACACACAUCAAGUGAACCCAUGACAUCACUGGCAUACACAUCAAGUGGACCCGUGACACACACAUCAAAUGAAUCAGUGACACACACAUCUAGUGAACCCUUGACACACACAUCAAAUGAAUCAAUGACACACACAUCAAAUGAAUCAGUGACACACACAUCAAGUGGACCCGUGACACACACAUCAAAUGAAUCAGUGACACACACAUCUAGUGAACCCAUGACACACACAUCAAAUGAAUCAGUGACACACACAUCUAGUGAACCAAUGACACUCACAUCAAAUGAAUCAAUGACACACACAUCAAAUGAAUCAAUGACACACACAUCAAGUGAACCCAUGACACACACAUCAAAUGAAUCAGUGACAUACACAUCAAGUGAACCCAUGACACACACAUCAAAUGAAUCAGUGACACACACAUCUAGUGAACCCAUGACACACACAUCAAAUGAAUCAGUGACACACACAUCUAGUGAACCCAUGACACUCACAUCAAAUGAAUCAAUGACACACACAUCAAGUGAAUCAAUGACACACACAUCAAGUGCAGAAGUUACCAACACCACUGACAAUAUGCCAGCAAGCACACUGAUGACACACACAUCAAGUGAACCGAUCACCAACCCCACAGACAGCAUGAGUACAGAUACACACAUCAGCGCGACCACUGUCCCACCUAAUACAGGAAAUGACACGACCGUGAUGACCGACACCACCCAGCCCACGAGCAGCGCACCCACUGCAGCCACACAGAGCACCAAUGUCACAACUCCACCUGGCGUGACCACAGAGAACUUCACAUCUCCAAACUCCUCCAGCGCCACUCCUCAGACUCCUGCCUUGCCCUCCACCGUCAGCACAAUAGCUACACCCACAGCCGGACCCCCUCCCUCCACACCCGCCUCCAGCUCUCUCCCUCCGAGCAGCUCCCCAGGCAGUAGCACCGUACCCUCCACUGGAAAUACCACCACCCUUAUUCCCUCUACAACUUCUGCAAACGCAGCAACCUCCGGAGCGACUGGCCACGGUGCAACAACUGAUGGAAGUACGACAGCGUCUUCCUUCAGUCCACCCAGUCCUGACACCGCCGUCACCAUGCCGAGACCAACAGAAGCCUCCACCAGCAGCUUCUCCCCGACAGCAGAGCCGCCCUUCACCACAUCGAGCCCAUCCUUAGUGUGUCCUUGGGCCCCGUGUCCGUCUCAGAGCACCUGUCUCAACAGCACCUGUCAGUGUCUCUCGGGCUCCAUCCUGCAGGACGGACAGUGUCUACCCGGACGAGUGUUCCCGCUUCAGCUCCGUGUCCCCAAGUUAGAGUUUCAGAGUGAGAUGUCCAACAGGUCUUCACGCAUAUUCCAGAACACAUCGGCUGUCAUCCUGGCUGAGCUCCGCAAAGUCCUUCGAGACCAACCGGGCUAUGUAGGUUCAGACAUCGUGCAGCUACAACCAGGAAGUGUGGUCGCAACUGUGAACAAUGUCUUCCAAAACACAAGCGUCAGUGAAGAUGACGUCGAUCGGCUCUUUCAGAAGGCUAUAGACGACUCAGUGGACUUGUUUUCUGGCGCUACAGUUACAGUUACAAACCUCUGUGAGUCUGCGGUUUCGCCCUGUGACGUCUCCACAACAACGUGCACGAGUCCAAACGGCGUUGCUUCGUGUUCCUGUAAGGAGGGCUACAUCGUGGAUGUGUACUCAACCAGCAGCUGCAAAGCGUGUCCAAGUGGGCAGCAGGCAGUGGGAACCUCAUGCCAGCCGUGUUCAUUCGGAUACGCCGGCUUCAACUGCAAUGACUCGUCUCUGCUGGCGGUGGUGGUCCUUUCCUGCGUGCUCGGAGGAAUCCUGCUCAUCCUGGUCCUGGCUCUGCUGGCUUACUGCUGCUGGAGGUUAUGCUCCAAGAAUAAGUCCGACUACGGCAGCAGUCCGUACUCCUCGGACGACCUGAACCAGCCGUGGCCGACCGGCGUCACCCCGAUCCCCCGGGCCUCCACCAACUGGAGCUCCACCCCUUCCAUCGAGCUGACAGAAGGGGGCAGCACCAACACCCUGGUGGACAAAAAGCCUCAGAGCAAUGGGCUGGGAUCUAGGCUGAAGGAGCAGAAAUGGAAGAAGUCGGCUUCGUACGACCUCAACCCGGAGGCGAUGAAGACCUUCAAAGGCAAAAACACGUCGCGGUACUCCUACCUGGUCCAGGGCCACGAGAACCCCUACUUCCUGCCGGGAGACGAGAAGAAGGACUGAGAGACUUCAGCAAAAACUCUGGGACUCCAGGCGCCAGCAGUGCCGCGCUCGUUUCUACUGAAAGGCUUUUCUAUGCUCAGCUUGUCUCAACCAAUCAGAACGGACACAAACGGUCACCAAAGUGUUUCACUCAUACAAGCAAAAAGAAAAAAGUGAGCUUCUGUGAAUCAUGUCUGCUCAGCGUAACCACUAGAUGGCGCCGUUUCUCUUUAAAAUAUGCACAAUAGUUCUUUUUUUUUAAAGGUCUUUUCAUCCGUUCCUUUCUGUUUUUGUGCUUCACAGGAAUCACUGUAGUCUUAGAAAACUAAGCUUCUUAAAUUGCUUAAAUUGCACUAAAGUGUGUGUCAAGUUUACCACCGACGUUCCUCUGGAAUUCAAACUGAAUGUGGGAUUUCUGGGGCAGGUUUUCAUAAGGUUAUAAUUAUUAUUAUUAUUAUUUUUUUCUUAGAAAGACAAAUCCUGAAUGACUAAAGGGGCUGGAUCCCAGUGUUUUUAAAGGGAUUCUUGUUGUAGCAGUCGAAAUGCUGAGGAACUGCAGAAUGUGCCUGUUUUCACACACAAAUAGGAAACAUUAUGCAAAACUGAUGAAAAAGCCGAGAUGUGCCAACUAUCACCUGUAUACAUUUCUCCUCCAGAUUCUAUAUCUAAAUAUCUAUAUAUUUAUCCCCGUGUGUCUGAGACAGAGCACUGUUUUAUAAGUGUGUAAAGUUGUUUUUUUUUGUAAAUAACUGGAGGCGUUUUGGUAGAGAAUGUGUGUGCAUAUGCAGAAGAAAUAAAUUAAUUUAA